AGAUUCAAAUAUUCACGCUUAUAUAUUUAUUUAGCCCUUCAACGAUGCCAUUUGUGCUUUGACAUUUUUCCUCUCAUACUCGCCUACAUAGCUCUCGACCGUACUGGCUCUCCAGACUCCAGGACUCAUUUAAGAUUCUUAGUCAUCAUCCAUCUUCAUCUCUGCACUCAUUGCAAGACUCAAGUCAUCGACCACAUACUACAUAUUGGAUUCCCAUCAAUUGAACCUGCUAAUAAAAUUGGUCUUGAUGUCGAUUUCUUGUAA